AUGGAUCCUGGAGAUGUCCUUAUUGUGUGCCUAUAUGUUGAUGACUUGAUUUUCACUGGAAAUAAUUCAGAGAUGAUUACAAAAUUCAGGGAGGCUAUGAUUCGACAUUUUGAAAUGAUAGAUUUGGGCCUAAUGUCUUAUUUCCUUGGCAUUGAGGUUGUCCAACAAGAUGAUGGAAUUUUCAUUUCUCAAAAGAACUAUGCAAGUGAUAUUCUGAAGAAGUUCAAGAGGGAGCAUUCAAAGCCAGUUUACACACCUGUUGAAGAAAAGUUGAAGUUAACAAGAGAAAAUGAUGGAAAAAGGGUAGACUCAACCCAAUAUAAAAGUUUGAUCGGAAGCCUGAGAUAUUUGACUGCGACAAGACCAGAUAUAGUUUAUGAAGUUGGAUUGCUCAGCAGAUUCAUGGAAGAACCAUGUGUUAGCCAUUUGCAAGGAGCUAAGAGGAUUCUUCGAUAUAUCAAAGGUGCACUGACUGAUGGAAUUUUUUAUGCUAGUAAUAAUGAAGUGGAACUUGUUGGAUACACAUAUAGUGAUUGGGCUAGAGAUAUAGAAACAAGAAAAAGCACGUCAGGAUACGCAUUUCAUUUGGGCACAGGUGCUAUUUCGUGGUCUUCGAAGAAACAACCAGUUGUUGCACUUUCUACUACUGAAGCUGAAUAUACUACAACAAUCAGUUGUGCUACUCAAACAAUAUGGAUGAGAAGAAUUUUAGAAGUGAUACAUCAGAAACAGAAAAGUCCUACAAAGAUAUAUUGCGACAAUAAAUCGGCAAUUGCACUGAGUAAGAAUCCGGUUUUUCAUGGACGUUCCAAGCACAUUGAUAUUCGGUUUCAUAAGAUAAGAGAGUUGAUAGUAGAGAAAGAAGUGGUGAUCGAGUAUUGUCCCACUGAAGAAUAA